AUGGCUUUUAGUGGGUAUUUAUUUCCUGAACAAGAUCAAAAUAAAAAUAUUACUACUACUGAUUCAAAUAUUAAAUCCUCAACUAACCAAAUUGUUUUAUGUUAUCCUUUGGUACCACUUUCAACAAAUCAAGUAUUAGGUCCAAUUAGACGGGAAAGUAUUCCAACAAGAAGAAAAUUUACACUAUUUGAUACAUCUAAGCUAUUUUGUAUUCUAUUCAAAUCACCUACUACUAUUAAUGAUAAUGAUUCUUCUGGUGUUCAAAUUAUUGAUAAGGAUUAA